GGCCAAAAUGUGGCCUGCUCGCGAGUUCUCUUUGCAGAAUUUAAACGCUACGGGGAGCUUCUGAAACGACCGCUGAUCCGUCAGGCCCUUCAGACUGAGCGGGAAAAUUUGUUGGGCUACAUCAGUGUUGGCGUAAAAGAGCUGCAUGAUGAAUUUCUGCAUAGAACGGCCGAACAGGACUUCGGAGCGGGCACCAACACCAGCCAAAGUCACGCAACACACGGCAAAAAUAUCCCCGAUCAAGUGGAAAGGAUCAUUUGGGCGGGUCAGCUGGAAGCCAAAGCAGCCGAUCACUUAAAACUGGCUGAGACAAUCCUCGUUGAUCUGGAUGGCUUCGCAAAACUGAAACAGGAGGUUGUCGGUCUCAUAAAAGAUGUCUCGACCUGGCGAAAAGAUCAAUUUGAUACUUGGUGUCGAACUAAUCAAUCAGCACUUAGCCCUGAGGAGGGAGGAGGUGGGGCUGUCAACGAGUCAAACCUCCUAUUUGACCCAUCAAAAUGUCUGCUCCAUCUUUCUGCUGUUGACGGACGCCUACAAGUGGGCUAUCCGGAUGGUCUUUUAAGACUUCAGCGGGAAGUUCGUCUCCUGUCUGGGUUCGGCUAUCCUGUCCCCUCGAAAUUGCACAAAGUAGCCGCGCAUGCCGAACAGAUGUACAAGCAUGCAAUUGUGCUGAAACAGGUCGCACACUUCUACAAUUCAAUCGACAGCCAAAUGAUUCCCAGUCAGCAAGCACUGAUGUUGAAAUCCGCGUUGGCAUUUGAGCGUUUGGUGAAGUUCAACAAGCUCUCUGACCCACAUAAGGAGAAGGCUGGCGGUGAGGGCACAGGUAUAACCUGGCAACAGGCUAAGGAAGUACCCGCCUACAUCAACCAGUUACAAGCGGCAGUGCGACAUCUGAUAGAGGAGAAUCGUCAGCUGCGUAUGGUUCACUACGAACUGAUUGAACAGGUCACCAGUCUGAUGAAUCUGGAUUUGCUACGGCAGCAGAGCAAAUGGCGCGAGGUGCUCAUGACCAUGCGCUGUAGGCUGGCUGAAGUGGCCAGUGCUGGUGGUUAUCCGGCAGAUCACAUGACCCCCUGGCGUGCUCACUUAGAUCGCCAACUGUACAAGGCCCUCGAAGUGCAGUACCGCCUCGGUUUGGAGUCUCUCAACGAGCGGAUGCCUGAGAUGCGCGUCGAUCUGGUCUACCAACAGUCGAACCUGAGCCUGCAGCCACCCUUUGAGGAGGUAGGCUGUUGCAAUUUAUCUCAUUUUAUUCAACUCCAAAUUCAAACUAAUGAGUACGUUGAGCGGGAAGUAUUUUGGCCACCAUUAAAAAUUAGCAUGUCUUCAGUGGGAAGAGAGGGCUUACGACACUUCAAGGAUUAG